GGCAAUGGUCAGUUCACACCUCGACAUUUUGGAACUGAGCGCGUCGACAUACGCGCACUCUCCCCUCUUAAGGACACCUCAAUUAAACUCAUCGGGUGGCGUUGAUACUUGGCGCACCAUCACAUAUCACCAGUUCCAUCGCGAUGUCGAACUUUUUGCUCGUCAUUGGACUCGAACGUUCCGCAACGAUGGUGUGCCAUCUCGGUCGGUGGUAGGACUGUGGUUAAGCGGCUUCACCUAUGUGGACGUUCUCCAUAUUUAUGGAAUUUCGCGGGCUGGAUAUAUUCCCCAGCUCUUUAGUAUAAGACUCCCGAACCCCACAGUGGUUUACGAACUGCUGCACAAGGCUGGAGCCAGCGUGCUGGUCUACGAUCCCUCGUUCGAGUCGAUAAUUGGAAACUGUCCUCUACCCAUCCACCGCGCCCUAUCCUCAGAGAACAUCAAUUUCGUGGACGAACCGAUUCUUGACCUUGCAUCAAUACACGAUGACGACGAGAUUGCAUUCAUCUUCCACACCAGCGGCUCAACUUCUGGAAGCCCGAAACUGGUGCACUGCAGCUACCGCUGGCUGCAGACUGUAAUCAACAAGUCAUAUAUCAUUAGUCAACCGCGUUCCACCAACCGCCAGGAUGUUACAGUGUUUAUUGGAAGCAUGUGCCACAUUGCGCAGACAUUCAUGUUUAUCGGUACCCUCCAGCAUGGGUCCUGCGUUGUCCAACCGACAACUCUAAACUUUUCAUCGGAGGAGCUUAUCGACAUGAUGCUCCGAUGCGACCUCAACCGCCUGAAUCAGUUCGGCUCUUUUCUUGGCAAGCACCUCCAAAAUUCUCGACAAGACCCCAAACUCCUGUCAUUUUUGACUAGCCUUGAUGAGGUUGUUUAUACGGGAGUUCCCCUGUCUGAUGAGGACGAGCAAUGGGCAUUUAAAAACGGCAUCAAGCUUAGAAAUCUGUUCGGCAGUACAGAGAUCGGUGGAAUGCUUUUGUCUGGAGGACACGAAAAAAAUCCGGCAUUGCUUCGCCCGUUGGAAAAUACGUCAUACGCCUUUGUCCCCACUGGACCAACGCAAGCCGAUGUGGUCCAUCAAUCAACAUCAGCUCUAUACGAGCUUGUCAUUCUCGCCGACUCACCUGACUGCCCCCAUGCAUCGCUGAGGCACGCAGAUGGCAACUUCCACACCGGCGACCUGUUUCAAGAGGUUGUCCAAGGCUGGUACAUCUCGCGUGGUCGAGAUGAUGACUGGAUCAAGUCGGAAAAUAGCUUGCGAUGCGAUACGAAAGCCAUCGAAGAUAACGCGCGACGGACGUGUGGAAACCUCAUCGCGGAAUGCAUAGUGGUAGGAUCUGGACGGCCCUCUCCUGUCAUGUUCGUUGAGCCUUCCGUCGAAAUGGAUCACAAUAAACUCAAGAAGGAGAUCAUUCGGAAGACUCGCCACUUUCAUUCGAGGCGCUACCUCCAUGAACGCAUCACGUCUGUCAACAUGAUUGUUGUUGUCCCGCGGCAAACGCUCCCUCGAACGGCGACCAAGGGGAACAUCCGGCGGAAAGCUGUCGAAGAAGCUUUCAAGACGAGACUAGACCACAUAUUUUCACAAACAUUCACAUAGUAUAGAUAUCAUUGCAACACAUCUUGACUUAUUAACUUAUUAAUUAGAUACUUUACAUUCCAUCAUAAUUACUCAUUGUAGCCAUAUUCUUUCUGCUAUCGCCUGC